AUGGGCUGCUGUGGCGAACCUAUCGACAAGGCUAACGGCUACGACAACCGCCCUGUUCAACAGCCCCAGGGCGUCGUGACGAACCAACCGACGGGACAAUGGCCGCAGGGGAUGGAGAAGCCUUUGCCAGGAGGUCCAGGAUUCCAGCAGCCGACGAUUCAGACGCCAGCGGCCACGUAUAACCAAGCAAGUGUGAAUGGGAUGGGGCAGAAUAUGCAGGGCCAGCCUUGGGCGCAGACACCGCCGACCUCACCGCCGCCGACAACGCAAGUGCCGCAUCAGUAUACGGGGUAUUCGUCACCAAACCAUACUGGUUAUGGCUCGAUGGAUGCCAAUAGCAUUAUGAGACCGCCUUCAGCUUUCAACCCACAUGCACCAACGGGAACACCUCCAAUAUCUACGAGUCCACCGCCCAUCCCACAGUUACCGCCCAGCCUUCAACCCCAAUCACAGCAGGAUGAGGGAAGGAUGUCCGUGUCGAUUGACUUUGGUACUACGUUCUCGGGCGUCGCUUAUGGAUCAUCGCGUAUUGCUGGGGGUCAAAUACAACAAAUCCUAAAUUGGCCAGGUUCAUUCGAGACGUUCAGGAAGAUCCCUACAUGUUUGCUCUAUGAUGAAGAAGGACGGGUUCUUGCGUGGGGUUUGGAAGCGAAGAAUGCGAGUCCUAUGGCUGGCACACACAAGUGUGAAUGGUUUAAGCUUUUCCUGGAACCUCAUGCUCUCCGCGACGAGUCCACAGUCGACCCACGUCUCCCAGAUAUCCCACCUGGAAAACGCGCUUUGGACCUCAUCAUUGACUUCCUCACUUGCCUAUGGGAGUACGCAAAAGACCAAAUCACUCGAGAUCUGGGAAGUGUGGCAGACCUGAACACCGCCGAGGUUUGGCUCACUGUCCCUGCCGCAUGGGAUGCCAAAGGCUGCGAAAUCAUGAGAGAGGCGGCAAUCGCGGCUGGCCUUGUUCAGAGUUCCCGUGCGGGAGACACAACGUGGCGAGAUCGGUUGAAGAUCAUUACGGAACCCGAGGCUGCAGCGGUGCACUGCGCAAACUUGUCCAACCUGCACCAUCUCAAGCCGUCUCAAAAUUUCAUUGUGUGCGACGCUGGUGGUGGUACCGUGGAUCUUGCCGUGUACAAGAUCAUUGGCCAAAUGGCCAACCUGGAAAUAGCCGAAAUGUGUGCUCGUUCUGGGGCAAACUGCGGGAGUUUGUUCCUUGACCUCCGAUUCCGGGAGCUUGUAAAGACGCUGUUGUCCGAUCAUCCAGCCCACCUCGACCCAGCUUCUCUUGCUUAUUUCAUGCACUCUUUCAGCGAAACGGACAAGUUGAACUAUGCUGGGAUUGAGGACGAUGAUAAUAUGUUCCACUUCACGUGUUUCAACGUAGAGGAUCCCCAUGAUCCUUCUGUUGGACUCAUCAACGGACAAUUGUCGAUUCCAGGAAACUUGCUGCGCCGAGAAGUCUUCGACCCUGUUGUCAACGAGGUUCUCCAACUCAUCGAAGAUCAACUGGCCAAAGUUGAUCAACCUAUCCAUGCUCUGCUUCUCGUGGGAGGCUUUGCUGGGAGUGAAUACCUCAAGCAGCGGGUUGAGGCUCAGUUCCAGAACCGCAUACGUACUAUUGCCAGACCUCCGGAUGCUGAUACCGCCACUCUCCGCGGUGCAGCACAGUAUGGUCUUGCCAAGCGAAGUUUGGUCUCCACUGUAAUUGCACCCCGCUCGUACAUCAUGAAGGUCAAGUUGCCCGCAGAGCAAGAGGAUUGGCUGAAGCGCCCUGCGUACAUCAAAACAAAUGACGCGGGUGUACCUAUUUGUGAAAACAGUACCUUGUGUCGAAGGGAGCUAUCAUUCGGAAAGGGUGAGGCCGCUUUGAUUGGUUGUUAUCUAACUGUGGAGCUGAAGAAGAGUUUCAGGCAAAGACUAACGACGAAGUUCUGCAAAUUUUCGCAGACACCCUCAGAUUCGUCGUUUGUCGCCACGCUGUUCACGAGCGACUCGGAGAAGAUCAUGAGAUAUACCGAUGAAGGAGAAUUGAUGGAACUCUGCAAAUGGACCGUGGACUUGACAUCACUUCCGACCUUCCAGCAAAAUGCCGCUGCAUCAAAUAUGGGAGGGUUUUAUACUGGUAUGGAACUCCAUUCCUUGUACUCUGUUGAUGGGUAUCCGAGUUGA